CCCAUCCAGCAGGUGGUGACGGGGCAGUCCGGCCUCUUCACGCAGUACAACAUCCAGAAGAAGGCCAUGACGGUCCGCGAGUUCCGAAGAAUCGCCAACAGCGACAAGUACUGCACACCCCGCUACACGGACUUCGAAGACCUUGAACGAAAAUACUGGAAGAACCUUACGUUCAAUGCCCCCAUCUAUGGUGCUGAUGUUAACGGCACCCUUUAUGACAAGCACGUAGAUGCGUGGAAUAUUGGCAGAUUGAACACAAUCCUGGAUAUUGUGGAGAAUGAAAGCGGCAUAACCAUUGAAGGAGUGAAUACUCCUUACCUCUAUUUUGGCAUGUGGAAAACCUCUUUUGCUUGGCAUACUGAGGACAUGGAUCUCUACAGUAUUAAUUAUUUGCAUUUUGGAGAACCCAAGUCAUGGUACUCCAUCCCUCCAGAGCAUGGGAAGCGACUGGAGAGACUUGCAAAAGGUUUCUUUCCAGGAAGUGCCCAAAGCUGCGAAGCGUUUCUCCGUCACAAGAUGACCCUCAUCUCUCCGUCGAUUCUGAAGAAAUACGGCAUCCCAUUUGAUAAGGUGACACAGGAGGCUGGAGAGUUUAUGAUAACCUUUCCUUAUAGCUAUCAUGCUGGCUUUAAUCAUGGCUUCAACUGUGCUGAAUCUACCAACUUUGCUACUCUUCGGUGGAUCGAGUACGGGAAGCAGUCUGUACUGUGCUCGUGUCGGAAGGACAUGGUGAAGAUCUCCAUGGAUGUGUUUGUGAGGAAGUACCAGCCAGACCGUUACAAGCUGUGGAAAGCUGGGAAGGACGUGACCGUCAUUGACCAUGCUCUUCCAACCCCAGAGGCAGCAGAGUUCCUUAAAGGGGAUCUCAUGCAAAAAGUCAAGAAUGGGAAACAGUGUGCUGAGGAAAUGGAAACAGGAGAGACGUGUAAAGAGGAGGUGGAUGGGGAUGAGAUGAAAAGCGUUCCCAAACAUCGCAUAGGAACAAAAAGACACAGGGUCUGCCUGGAAGUGCCUCAGGAGGUUAGUGAGAGCGAGGCCUUCCCCAAGGAGGAGCUGAGCUCCACGCAGUAUGAAGCAGACAUGACAGAGCCUCGUGAGAGACCUGCGAGUGAAGCUGCGCAGCGAGGUGAACAAGGGCUCAAGCUUCCAGAUCGUAUGGACUCUGCUAAAUCUGAACAACUGAAAACAGUGAAGCUUGAGGAGGAAGAGGAAGAUCAACAAGCAGCUGCAUUGGAUCUCUCCAUUUCACAUGCUUCAAACUCCACUUCAGUUCUGAUGACUUCGAAGCAGAGCGCAACUUCCAGCGCUCAGCCCAGCUCACCGGCACAUUCUGGUUCUUCUGACUCUGAAUCGACUGAUCUGCUGGCAAAACGAACUCUUCCUGGGCCGGCUGGGGUGCUUACAGUGCACAGCUACGCUAGAGGGGAUGCCAGCGGAUCUGACAACGAGCAGACUUCAGGAAAGAAAGCCAGCGCCACCGCCAGUGUGAAUGAGCAGGAUCUGGCAGAGGCAGCAAAGGAGUACCUAAGGUCGAUGAAGGAGAGUAAGAAGUCCAAGGGUCGUCGCCAGCCGUUGAGCAAGCUCCCGCGCCAUCACCCGCUCCUGGUGAAGGACUGCAUUAGUGAUGACGAGGCAUCAGAGCAACUAACACCUGAGGAAGAAGCUGAGGAGACAGAAGCGUGGGCCAAGCCACUCAGCCAGCUGUGGCAGAAUCGACCACCAAAUUUUGAGGCCGAAAAAGAAUACAAUCGGACCAUGGCUCAGCAGUCUCCCUACUGUGCUGUGUGUAUGCUCUUCCAGACGUAUCAGGCAGAGUGUGGCGGCAACAGUCAAAACGCUGGAGUAACUCCGGCUGCUGUGGAUGGGAAGAUCCGAACCAAGCCCCUGAUUCCUGAGAUGUGCUUUACUACGACUGGUUGCAGCACUGACCUCAAUCUUUCAACCCCUUACUUAGAGGAAGAUGGAACCAGCAUACUCAUCACCUGCAAGAACUGCCACGUCUGUGUUCAUGCAAGUUGUUACGGUGUGUCCCCUGACAAGGCCACUGAAGACUGGAUGUGCAACAGGUGUACAGAAAAUGCCUUAGAGGAGGACUGCUGUUUGUGUUCGCUACGAGGAGGAGCGCUGCAGCGAGCCAAUGAUGACAAGUGGGUUCAUGUGAUGUGUGCUGUAGCUGUAUUGGAGGCAAAAUUUGUGAACAUCGCAGAGCGGAGUCCUGUAGACGUUGGCAAAAUCCCCCUGCAACGUUUCAGACUGAAAUGCAUCUUCUGCAAGAAAAGAAGAAAGAGAAUUGCAGGUUGCUGUGUACAGUGCUCACAUGGUCGAUGUCCCACGUCCUUUCAUGUUAGCUGUGCCCAAGCAGCAGGAGUCAUGAUGCAGCCUGAUGACUGGCCAUUUGUUGUCUUCAUUACCUGCUUCAGGCAUAAGACUCCAUCUCAGGCAGAGCGAGCUAAGGCUGCACUCCAGGAUCUCUCUCCUGGACAGAUAGUCAUCAGCAAGCACAAGAAUGGUCGCUUCUAUCAGUGUGAAGUGGUCAGCCUUGCAAAGGAGACUUUCUACGAGGUGAACUUCGAUGAUGGUUCCUUCAGUGACAACCUGUAUCCAGAGGACAUUGUGAGUCGAGACUGUCUUCAGUUGGGUCCCCCUGCUGAAGGGGAAGUUGUGCAGGUGAGAUGGACAGAUGGGCAAGUUUACGGAGCCAAGUUUGUCGCAUCACAUGCCAUCCAGAUGUACCAGGUGGAAUUUGAAGAUGGGUCACAGCUGAUGGUGAAAAGGGAUGAUGUGUAUACUCUUGAAGAGGAGCUUCCUAAGAGAGUGAAGUCAAGGCUGUCAAUAGCUUCAGACAUGCGCUUCACAGAGAUCUUCGCAGAGAAGGAGGUCAGACAAGAGAGGAAGAGGCAGAGAGUGAUCAAUUCACGCUACCGUGAAGAUUACAUUGAACCUGCGUUGUACCGGGCCAUCAUGGAGUAAGCGCUGCCUGUGGCAGAGGAAGAAGAUGCCCACCUCCCCCAAGGAUUUAAACGCUCCAGUACAACAGGCCAUAUUUGGAUGCUUCGAAUCCAGGGUUUUUUUGUUUUGUUUUUUUUUAAGGAAGCUAAAAAGCUGAUGCUCUGCAGUAGCUGAAAGGCAGCUGUUGGAUAGUGAAGCAGAUCCCAUUUGCUGAAGCUGAUGCCUGCAGACUCCUGGUCUGAAGUUGGGUCCUUACUGAAUAAGCCAGCUUGGGGGUGUUGCUUUCAUCUCGUCAAGCAGUCUUGCUUUUUUAUUAGAGACAAUUUUGACAGGUGGCAAACUCUUGGGAGUUGUAGCCAGGAAUCUUGGCAGCUGCAGAAUAGUAUGGUCUAUUGUUUUAAUUAAAUAAUGUUCCUGAUUUUUGGGAGUCUCCCUGGUGACUACACCUGGGCUUGAGCAGGCAGUAUUACUGGUGCUUGAAAUUGAACCUCUUUUUAUAUUUAUAUCCAUACUUCUGUCACAAGCAGCUUCAGUCUCUUGUUUCUCAGCACCUCCUCUCUGAGGGUUGAGCUGUUCAGAUCCAAGCAGGCAGGAGGUGCUUGUGUGAACAGGUGAAAUGUGAAAAUGAAUCCUAUAGGACAAUUUAACCCUCCAUUUAAUAUCUUUUGAUCUGACAUUUGUUUUCACUUACUUA